GAGCGGAUCCGCGCCGGCGUGAUGGCUUCCCAACAUGUGUGCUGAAUGUUUAUUAUGUCGGGCCAGUUACAAACUCGAUGUGUUCAACGUGUACUUACAGUACUGUCGCUGCUGUACGCAAGCCAAGAUUCUGGCGAUGGUGGAUCUAACUUUAGCUGGAAUAAGAAAUAUUUCACUGUAACGGAUCUCGCGCUAGCUGAUUCGGAGGAUUAUUACACUUUCAACUCUGAGGGUUUUAAAUUGGAUCAGACGGGGUGCUGGGCGGAAAAUCGCUGUACAUCGACGGAUUGAUACUGUCCAAGUGGACAAAAUAUCCUUAAUUGCAGUAUUGGAGGAAUUAGGCGGAUAAUUUGAUCACAAAGUGUCAAGAUGUGGAGAUUUGUUCUUCAUUUAUUGGUCGUCAGUUUUUGCCUGCUCGGAACAACUGCUUCGCAGAAGUCCAAAAAAGGACCGCACCAUCGGCAAGUCCCUGUGGAUGCCGGUACGAUGUCAAACGGCAUUCCGGAUGCGGAUCCGAUAAUCGCCGAACGUGUCGUAGCGAAGAAAAAUCCCAACACGGGUGAAAUUGAGCUAAAUGAGGAGAAGAUGUUGUUGAAUGUUGAUGAUCCCGGCGAGAAUACCGGCGCUACGGCAGCUCAAGAAGAUGACGAAGUGGACGAUAGUAUGAAAUCCGACGGAUCCAGUAGAACAAAUCCUUGCGCCAACUUUCCAUGCGAAGAGGGUUUGGAAUGCGAGCUGAAUGAAGACGAACAACCAAUGUGUGUCUGCUCCAAAAUGUGUCCUAAUAAUUCACCCAUCAAAGUUUGUUCUAGCUUCAAUCAAACAUUUGACAGUGAAUGUCACUUGUACAAACAACGCUGUUUGUGCCAACGUGGUUUACCGGGAUGUGACGAUCCCAAAAACAAGGACAUGCAGCUGGAAUAUUUGAACGAAUGCCGCGAGUUGGCAUUAUGCACGCCGGACGAUAUGGCCGAUUUCCCGCGGCGGAUGGGAGACUGGCUAUUCCAGAUUAUGAAAGAAUUGGCUAAGCGCAAUGAACUGGCACCGCAGUAUCGCAAGUACGAAAAGCGAUCGGAAAAGAAAUACCAGCCUGGUCAGCCGCUGCCGCAUCCCAUUCUGUGGAAGUUCUGCGAUCUCGACAAACUGCCCAGUGAUCGAUAUAUUUCACGCAAAGAACUCAUGCCAAUCCGGGCACCGCUCAUUCCGAUGGAGCACUGCAUUGCACCAUUUUUGGAUGACUGCGACACGGACAACGAUCACAAAUUAACUCUGGCUGAAUGGGGAAGAUGUCUCAAGUUGGCUGAAUCCGAAGUCGAAGAUAUCUGCUCUCAAGCCAUGCAGCUAUCGCAGAAGAAACCACGAUCGGCUGAUCCCAAUGCCCCAUCAUCCAACGACGACGAAUUCGAUGAAUAAACUUCCCGGACAGAAAAAAAUAAAACUUGCCUUGUCUUUUGGAACUGCCAUUUUUUUAUUACCAUUUCUUCUGGGCUGAUUUGUUGAACAUUUGUAGGUAUCGCCCUACUCCCUUGUAUUAGCAUCAUUGAAUGAUUUUGUUUUUUGCAACUCCGAUACAAGUUGAAUACAACUAACGCGAAAUCCCAUAUAGAAGAGCUGUUAGCUAGUCAUCUUUUCUGUUGCCCAUGUGUUGUCCGUUUGCAGUAGUUCUAACCACGGAACGUUUUACCUAUUUCGGAACUCUUUUAUCUCUUGGCUUCUGAUUUAAAAUUGUGGCAAUAACAGCGAUUGUUGAUACAAAUGAAAUAAUAAGCAAAUACACUAC